UUCGAAAAAAGUAAAGCAGCCGCAGAAUGUGCUACAUGGCUACAUCCACGCGGAGAGGUAAAGUUGGCAGUUGCCACGCACUGUUGUCCGUUAGCGAGAAAUUUACAUUUUAAAAACCAGUUUUAUUUUAAUAUAAUUAUGUCUUGGGUUAAAGCGGUUUCGAACAGCGUAGAUGUGUUUGACGAGAAUGCGGACGAGCUUAGUUUGCAGAGUAAAGAGUGGGUCUCCAACAUGAAGAAGCGAAUCAAGGACGGGUUUGUAGACGGAGCUGAUGCCGGGGAGGAGGCCUCGCUGCAGGCCGGCUUUAACCUCGGCUUCAGGGAAGGAGCAGCUCAGACUGUCGCUUCGGGCCGACUCAAAGGAAUUGUGAGUGCCAUAUUGUGCUGGUGCCAGAUCCAACAUCCGCAAAGCCCCAUCCUAGCCUCUGUGAAGGACCUCCUGCAGCGGGUUUCACAGCAUGAAGACACAAUAAUGGAAGGCAUCAAGAGGGCUUUGGAGAAUCCUCUUCCCAGCGUGAGCUCCGUCUCUGAGAGCAUGGAGGAUCUGGAGGUGGAGCAGGCAGGUCCAGGCUGCUGUGGAGGAGAGGGAUGUAAGGAAACGGACUACUCCAAGAAAGGAGAAGAAAUUGACCAGUACAUUCCUCACCAGCAACAUAAGCUCUGUUCUAGGUCCCCCGACUGCUCCUCCAGCACAAGGGAAAGCCUAAACCACCUGGUGCAGCACUGCAUAGAUCUGGUGUCGGAGCUCGGGCUGCCCCCGGAGCUGAUCUGUCACAUACAGGAGCUAAACAACAUGCAGGCCUAGUGUUUGAAGAUCAGAAUCACAGCGGUUUGGACAAUAUUUGGAUUAGCACAUGAACUAUGAAACAAAACAGAUUUUAGUGUAAACUUAUUAUACACGGCAAUGAAGUUCUUGUGAUGUAUAUAAUGUAAAAUGGAAUUCAGCAUUCAUAAUUUGUAUAAGAUGGUUGAAGAACGUUUGAAAAUUAAAAUGGAUUUUCUUUAAUUUACUGC